CGGAGCGUUAAUGCUGGCAUAGUGUGAGUGAUAUUCUGUGGCAGGUGCGAUCAUAAACACUGCAUGAAAUAUCUAUUCAAUAUUCACUGGAUAUGCUGACGCAUUACCUGGCUUAAGGUCCACUCCAUAGAGCUGGCCUAUCGCUGUCAUUGUGUCACCCAUCCAACACAGUAUAACAAGGACCCAGAAUGUUCAGCACAAAGAGGUUGAAGAAGAAGUCCCAGUCAGUGGACAUCCCUGAUGAGGGGUAUGCUGGUUCUCUCGUCAAAGACCUGCUGGCGUCGCCUCUUAUACGGAAUGUGGCCAGAUCAGCCAUUGGUGAAGAAAAGGAGAUCAAUACCACUAACAUCCAAAAGGCUCGUAGUCCUCGACGUGGAGAGCUCAAGCGAGGGUAUACCAUAGACACCGGGCAGAAAAAGAGUGCACUGGAGAGGAAAGAUGUGCGGAGGAUAUCCUUCCAGAGGCCCAAAGGCACCAUGGAGUACGUGGUGGAGUCCCGGGACACACUCAACAGCAUUGCGUUGAAGUUUGACACGACUCCCAAUGAGCUUGUCCAGCUCAACAAACUCUUCUCUCGCGCUGUGGUCCCUGGCAAGGUGCUGUAUGUGCCUGAUCCGGAAUAUAUCUCCAGUGCGGACAGCUCUCCCCUCAGUCCCAUCAGCCCCCUCUCCCCCACCUCUUCAGAGGCUGAUCUGGAGAAGGCCACCACAGAUUCAGAUAAUGUCCAUCGGAGGCACAGCACCGCCGGCCCGGGCCACGGACCCCCUCGGCCAGCCAGAGUGGUGUCAUCCACCUCCGAGGAAGAAGAGGCGCUAACGGAAAAGUUCCUUAAAAUGAACUGCAAAUACAUCACAGAUAGCAAGGGAAUAGUCAGUGGUGUUCUUUUGGUCACCCCAAACAACAUCAUGUUUGACCCUCAUAAGUCAGACCGGCUGGUGCAGGAGCGAGGAUGUGAGGAGUACGGGAUCAUGUGCCCGCUGGAGGAGGUGCAGUCUGCAGCCAUGUGCAGGGAAAUCACCGACAUCAGGGUUCGAGAGCUUGUGCCACCAGAUCUGGAGCUAGAGCCUUCUGUAAUUGAGGUGAGCCAUCUCAAGAGGGCACCUCGUCUCAAUGCAGCCGAUGCAGCACACCGAAUCCGUGAGACGGGCAACGACAGUGCCAGUACGGCCCCUCGUAGCACAGAAGCGUCUCUGUCCGAAGACGUUUUUACAGAGUCAGAACUUUCUCCAGUCCGUGAUGAUGCCCUCGCGACAUCUUCUGACGAGCUGCAGCAGAUAAAGUCCUCUGGUGCGUCUUCUGAAUCGGUGCAAACCAUCAACCAGGCCGCCACAGCCACCGAAGAACCCUCAAUGGUCGACAAAAAGGAUGUAAAAGAAGCUGUACAAAAUGCAGAAACUGAGGGAAGAGGAUGGAAGGAUAGUGGUAUUGAGCAGAGUCUGAAUACUGCAGAUUUAUCCAGUGAGGUUGUGUCUGAGAAUGUAAUGAGGGACCAGCCUGUGGAUGAGGCCAAAUCACGCACCACAUCUGAGUCACUUUGUUCGGACACUGUGGCUGUUGAGGAUUUUGCAAAAGCCCAUGAGACACAGAAGAGCAUGGAAGCUCAGACUUUGCAAUCAACCAGUGAAAUGAAGGAAGGAGAGCAAGGGAUAUCCAAUGACUUUACACCAGCUAAUGAGAUUGGAGCAGAUGAGGGACAGAGUACAGAGGAAGUUGUGCCGGGGCCCAAAGGCAAGCAGAAGUCCAAGUCGUACAAGUUCCUGUGCCUGCGGGUUGGCAGGGCCAUGCGGAAGACUUUUGUUUCCCAUGCCAGUGCCUCCAUGCAGCAGUACGCCCAAAGAGACAGGAAGCACGAGUACUGGUUCGUUGUUCCAUCUGAGAGGUCAGACCACCUGUAUGCAUUCUUUGUCCAGUGGACCCCUGAUGUGUAUGGAGAAGGGUUUGGCGGACUGACGCGGGAGCCUGGGUUUGUAGUGGUUAAAAAGAACCAGGACGCUGAAAGCGGGGAGCACGACAAACCAGUACCUGAUAUCACAUUCAAGGACUGGGAGGUAGUUUCUGUGACUGAGUACUACCGGCGGAUAGAUGCGCUAAACAGUGAGGACCUGCGCUCGCUCUGCAAACGUCUUCAGAUCACAACCAAGGAAGAGGUGGUCUCCAAACACAUGGUAAAGAGUGACCCAGAACCCGAAUCAUUCAGGCCCAGUCUGAAUGAGCCCAGUGCCCUGCUGCAACCUGAUCAGAUCGAGAAGCUGGCCAAGAACCUCCCACCCAGGACGAUUGGCUAUCCCUGGUCUCUGGCGUACAGCACAUCCAAACACGGCAUGAGCAUCAAGAGCCUGUACCGCGCCAUGCAGGCCCAGGACUCCCCGGUACUCAUGGUGAUCAAGGACAGCGAUGGACAGCUGUUUGGAGCUCUUGCUUCAGAGCCAUUUAAAGUUAGUGACAGCUUCUAUGGCACCGGAGAGACAUUUGUUUUCACCUUCUGUCCAGAAUUUGAGGUCUUCAAAUGGACUGGUGACAAUAUGUUCUUCAUCAAAGGAGAUAUGGACUCCUUAGCAUUUGGCGGUGGAGGGGGUGAAUUUGGGCUGUGGUUGGAUGGCGACCUCUAUCAUGGCAGAACUCACUCAUGUAAGACCUUUGGAAAUCCAAUGCUCUCGAAAACGGAGGACUUCUAUGUGCAGGACAUUGAAAUAUGGGCCUUUGAAUAACACCCUCCCACCUCCACCUCACGGACUCAGUACACAAUAAAGCGGGGUUAUAAGGCCACAUCACUAGACCCCCAUAACUGAUUGUACACCCUCCACUUGGCUCCUAAGAAGCCCUGAUAGAGGCAGAGCAGAUAUACAGUGUACACUAUCCUUCAUUUCUGGAAACAGUCAGCAUGGUUGGGUGUUUUUCGCUGGUGUCCCAGUGAAAGUUUCUUUACCCAUUUCCAGCCUGAGGUCCUCUAGUUUUGAGGAUAAGGGCGCUAAUGGCUUUUCCAGAAUGUUCUAGAACUUUCCAAAAGAAAUGUAGCUCCAGACCUUCCCAAGAGUCAUAAAACAAUGGGUUUUCAAUCCUACUACUUUCAUCAACUGUAGCAUUGUGUCUAUUUCAAGCACUUUAAAUAUCUAACCUCAAAACCCCAUUAUUUAUCUGUGUCUGUGUGCUCACACAGGCUCUAUAUACUCAAAAGCCACUACUUAAUGUAAUAUUCAGUACCGUGUUGCUGUAAAAUGUGGAGUAACAUGCAAAUUCACGUGUGGUUCCCUUUUCAUGUUCGUAUGCUUUCCUGCAAGUCCUUUUUUCUUUUAGGAAGCCAUUUUGGUGGGUGGGGCAUCUGAAGGAGUAUAUAUACAUAUAUAAAUACAUAUAGCAAUUAUAUAUUUAUACCUUUAUUAGUGUACUGUGUACAUAACUACUUCCCAUAUUGCUGUUAUGUGUGACAGUGAUAUGGUUUACGCUACUUUCCUUGUAAAUUUGUUCCAAUUAAUAAAUUUCUAUAUGCACACGACAUUAACGCUAAUCCAAUGUGAACGUGGAGUUUUCGUCAGGUAACCGGUCUCUUGAGACUGGCUCUUCUCGUCAACGGUAACCUGGGAACCGUAUAUAAGGUGACCUGGGCGUUCGAGGGUGAUGAAAUGACUGGUGCAACCAGAGCCAGUCUCCGAGGCUUAAGGAAGACUGCUGUCGGCGAUCAUGAGAGCGCCUGUUACUGCAAUAUUUACAAAGAGGCACAUCGACACACAAGUUGUUGGAAAUAUUGUGAAAAUUGAUGGGAAAUUGGCUCUUUUAGCAGUGUUCUGACUUGAAGUUUAAGCCAAGAGAUGGCAGCUUCCCACUGUGGCCAGCUGAAAACAUGCCCAAACAUUUGACCCAACUGCGCGCGUCUGUUGUCAGAGCAGACGUCUUGCUAUGAAGGUCUGAUGCUCUCUGCAUGCCAUGAGAUCGUGGAGCCGAAGGACUCGGACACCCUUCUGGGGCCAACUGCACAUUCCUGGUCUUCCAGUAUUUGAUGCCCAUGUGGAAGCUCAAAGAAAUGUCAUUAAUCCUCUUGAAGAUACCUGACAGAUUAUGUAUCAAUGUAUUAAUCACAAUAAAAUCUAUGUAAUAAUA